AUGACAAGUUCUGGGUACCGCCCAACCUCAAACGACAAGCAAGCGUUUGCCAAAGCGAAAACGCAGAUACUUCAGGAGCUUCGAAGGGUUCAUCUUUUCCUUCUCUUGCUGCAGACGACUCAAUACCAGGGACCCCUAGCAGCCCCCAUGGUUAUUCGGCGAGUUCCCCUUCCACACAGCAGCAGUCGUCACAGGCAGACACGAACAACAUUACUACGCGAUCCGCCGGCGCAGUGGCGCCACUAGCUCUGCCACUGGUGCGAAGCGACAAGCAUGUAGUGCUCUCAACAACCAGUAUCACACGGCCUCGUGUAUCCUCCAUGCACACGAAGCUGGACCACACCAAAAUAGACACUUCCCUAUACCAGAAGCCAUCCCCGUCUCGAACACCCAGCAGUCCCGAAGAUAUACGUGGCUCCAUCCAGCUGACUCUCACUUACGACCCCGCCGCUGGUAUUCUCACAAUAAGACUGAUAGAGGCACACGACUUACAGGCUCGAGACUUUAGUGGGACAGCUGAUCCAUAUGCCAAGAUCCGGCUGCUCCCAGAUAGAAGCAACGUCUGGCAAACUCGCAUUCAUAAGAGAACCCUAAAUCCAGUGUUCGACGAAGACUUUGUAUUUGAGGUACGACCCACAACCAUAGGUCGCCGUACACUGGAGGUCAUUCUUUAUGACUUUGAUGCUUACUCCCGUCACCACAGUAUUGGUGGCGUCAAACUUCCCCUAGCACACAUUGAUCUCUCUGAGAAAGUCACAUUAUGGAAAGGACUGAGCCCAUGUUCUGAACAGGAUGCAAAGGCUGAACUUGGUGAUCUGAUGGUGUCACUGUGCUUCUUACCAUCAGCUGAGCGUCUCACUGUUGUAGUCAUCAAGGCACGGAACCUGCGCGUUGUGGAUGAUACACGCACUUCCUCAGAUCCAUUUGUGAAGGUGACAUUAUUGCAGGCUGGGAAACGAGUGAAGAAAAAAAAGACUGGUGUUCACCGCAACACCUUAUGUCCCGUGUUCAAUGAGGCACUCACAUUUGAUGUGAGCCGUGAGGCACUAAGAAGGAGUACGAUUGAGUUUUAUGUGUUGCACGAUAGUCUCUUGGGCCCCAGCGAACUAUUAGGACGCUCUAUUGUGGGGCCUGGUUCUGACUGCCGUCCCCAAGAGCGUGACUUCUUCCAUGAAGUUCUUACUAGUAAAACAGCCACUGCUCAGUGGCUGCCAUUGUCUGAACCACAGUGAGGACUUGCUGCCAUCAACCAAAAUCAUCCAACAGAAUUGGUAGGCACUGCAUUCUGGAGUCAUGUUGUUCAAAAUCAGCUCAGAUUACAAAAAAAUAUUAAAUAAAAAACGAGAUCCAUUACUGUGGACAAACUGAAGGGACUAUGAUUCUUAAACCAUAGUAAAACAUUCCCAGCAACAUAAAACAGUGGGCCAUACAAGAGAAUGAAUGGAAGAAGGUACUGAGAAGGGCAGUAGAAUUAAAAUUUAAA